AUGUCUUCGGGGAAGAUCUGUUGUCUGGUGCUGCUGACCCUAGGGGUGCUGGCGGUGGUUGUUGCGCUAAUGGUCAUCCUGACUCAACCCAAGUGCGGUCCUCAGCGUUACCUGCAUGGUGCCGUGGCUGCUGACACCGAGACCUGCUCUGUCAUCGGCCGGGACAUCCUGAAAAGUGGAGGCACAGCUGUGGAUGCUGCCAUAGCUGGCUUGAUCUGCACCUCGGUGAUGAACCCUCAGAGUUCGGGCCUGGGUGGUGGGGUCGUAUUUACCAUCUAUAAUGCCAGCACAGGAACAGUCGAGGUGAUCAAUGCCCGCGAGACAGUCCCACGAGUGUUUCCGCACAAUUUGUUGUCUGGCUGCGCUGCUGGUUUCCCCAUUGGUUCACGCUGGAUUGCUGUACCAGGAGAACUUCGUGGGUAUGAAGAAGCCCAUAAGCGGUAUGGCCGCUUACCAUGGAAAGCCCUAUUUGAACCAACCAUCAAGCUCCUUUCACAGCCACUUGUCAUUUCCCCGGUUAUGGACAAAAUGAUCCAUCACCCAGCCUUCUCCAGUCCAGGAAAAAGCCUGUGUCCACUGAUAUGUGACGGUCAAAGAUUUCUGAAGCAUGGAGAGACCUUCAGGUGGCCAGCGCUGCAGCAAACACUGAAAGCUGUAGCAGAAAACGGAGCUACAGCGUUUUAUGAAGGACAGAUAGGAAAGGCCCUGGUGGAGGACAUUAGGAAGGCUGGGUCCAGUAUCUCACUGGAGGACCUUCAGGCAUACAAAGCAGAGGUGUCCUCAGCUCUGAACAUUACCCUGAACAAUCACACCACAGUGUUUUCUCCUGGACCACCCAUGGGAGGUGCUGUGCUCAUGUUCAUCCUCAAGAUAUUGGAAGAGUAUAAACUCCAUGAAGCGUCACUGACGACACCCCAGGAGAAGGUGGAAACCUACCAUCGCAUUGCAGAGGCCCUGAAGUUUGGCAAUGUGCUAAAACCCCAUAUUAGUGACCCAGCCUUCUCCGAAGCUCAGGUGACUGUGGGCACUAUGCUGUCUGACAAGAUUGCUGAGCUUGCCAGAAGCCGAAUAGAUGACCAUGGUGACCAUCCACUCAACCAUUACAACUUGUUGGAGUCCAUCUACAACCACAGAUACAAAAGCAAGGGCACAAGCCACAUCUCUGUGCUUGCUGCAGAUGGCAGUGCCGUGUCCGCCACCAGCACCAUCAACUACCCGUUUGGCUCCUUUGUGUAUUCUAACCAAACCGGGAUCAUUUUAAAUAAUGAACUCGCUGAUUUCUGCAUAGCAAACAGAAGCAUUAAACCAGGAGAGAAGCCUCCCUCGGCAAUGGUGCCUUCCAUUCUCAUCUCCAAGACAGGAGACAUGCUGGUGAUUGGAGGAGCAGGCGGGGCCUGGAUUAUCAGUGCUACUGCUAUGGCGAUUAUAAACAAGCUGUGGUUCGGCUAUGACUUGGAACAUGCCAUUUCAGCUCCCAUCAUGCAUACUGAAGGCGACAAUAUCCUGUUUGAGGAACAUUUCAGUGAGGAGGUUAGGAGCGGCCUGCUGGGAAGAGGACAUAAAGAAAAGAAAGUUAAAUUUGCAAUGAAUGUUGUGCAGGGAAUUUCCAAGGAAGGAAAAUGCAUCUCUGCUUACUCUGAUAAAAGGAAGCUGGGGAAGUCAGCUGGAUAUUAG